AUGAUGGUGAAUAAUUAUAAAUAGACCAAAGGGGCGAGGAUAUUCAUAACUUUAACUUUUUGUGACCUUUACAUAGAAACAAAGAAGAUUUUGUUUAGUGUUGUAUUGUGAGACUCAUAGCAAUGGCAAAAGUUGGAAGAAUGAAGUUAGGAUCACAAGGCAUGGAAGUGUCCUUACAAGGACUUGGUUGCAUGAGCAUGUCUGCUUUCUAUGGUCCUCCUAAGCCUGAACCUGACAUGAUUUCUCUCAUCCACCAUGCCAUAGAUUCUGGUGUCACUCUUCUUGAUACCUCUGAUGUCUAUGGUCCUCAUACCAAUGAACUCCUUAUUGGAAAGGCUCUUAAAGGAGGGGUAAGAGAAAAGGUUGAGUUGGCUACAAAGUUUGCUGCUAGAGUUGUUGAUGGGAAAUUUGAGGUUCGUGGUGAUCCAUCUUAUGUGAGAGAAGCUUGUGAGGCCAGUUUGAAGAGACUUGAUAUUGAUUGUAUUGAUCUCUAUUAUAUACAUCGGAUUGACACUCGUGUUCCAAUUGAAAUCACGAUUGGGGAGCUUAAAAAACUUGUUGAAGAGGGAAAAAUAAAAUACAUUGGUUUGUCUGAGGCCUCACCUUCAACAAUCAGAAGAGCUCAUGCAGUUCAUCCAAUAACAGCUGUGCAAUUGGAGUGGUCACUUUGGGCAAGAGAUGUGGAGGAAGAAAUAAUUCCAACUUGCAGGGAACUUGGUAUUGGAAUUGUUGCAUAUAGUCCUCUUGGGAGAGGAUUCUUUUCAUCUGGAACAAAGAUUACUGAUACCUUUACAAAGGAAGACUACCGUCAGCAUAUGCCAAGAUUUCAACCUGAAAACCUGCAGCAAAAUCAGAUUAUAUUUGAGAGGGUUAAUGAAUUGGCUACAAAGAAAGGAUGUACUCCAUCACAACUUGCAUUGGCCUGGCUUCAUCACCAAGGAAACGACGUGUGUCCGAUACCUGGAACAACCAAAAUUGAGAACUUUAAUCAAAACAUUGGAGCUUUGUCCGUAAAAUUAACACCAGAAGAACUGGCAGAAAUUGAGUCCUUAGCUGAUAUUGUUAAAGGCGAUAGAUCUGGGAGUGAACCUACAUGGAAAGACUCUGAUACUCCACCACUUUCUUCUUGGAAAACUGCAUAAUGAAGUGGUUUGAUUGCUUAUUCCUCGUAUCAACAUAGUUUUAAAUUGUGGUUGCAGUUACGCUAUGAAAUUUUAUUCUAUGUUAAAAUACGGGCAAAUGUGGCUGCAUAUUCUGUUGCAGACUACUAUUUAGAAUCAUAAACAUCAGUAUGCCAUAUGUAUUUGAUGUUAGUACCUUAAAAAUUAAUAAAUUGGUACGAGGAAAAGGAUUUUGGUUGUAUAAA